AGAAUCACUUAACUAAGAAUUACGAAGUCCGAUUGAAACGACAUCUUUUAUUAUUUCCUAAAAUACUGUGAACACAGUCUACGGCUGAAAGUAAAACCUGUUCAUUGCUGAUUUUGUGAAGGUGUGUUGUUCGAGAGUGAAUGGUAUCAAUUCAAAUUUGAUUCGCAAAAUAGAAUUCGGUUGGAUAAUUUAGUGCAGAAGAAAGAGUCAUAGGAACGAUUAACAUUAAUCAACUGGAAACUAAAACGUUCGACAUACAACGUGUCCCUAUAAAGGAAAAAUAUUGUGUUCGUAGCACUUAAAAUACAUCAAAAGUUCAAUCACCUACAUACAGCAGCUCAGCCUGUGUAAAUUUGAUUUUGAUAUAUUAUUAAUAUCAGCAUAUUAUACAUGUGUAAUAAUUCUACUUGAUUUAAGAGUUAGGGCUGAUUGAGUCUACUUCACAACCACCGCUGGAGUUGGAAAUGGGUGACAAACAGCCAGCAGCCAAGACACGUCGUUUAAUGGAAAGUACUAUUUCUUCUGACCCAGAAGAUGACCCUAAUUGCUCAUUUUCUGACCCAGAAGAUGACCCUAAUGGCCCAUAUUCUGACCCAGAAGAUGACCCUAACGGCUCCAAUUCUCCCCCACUACUAAGAGGGCCAAGAGAGGUUGUGAGAGUGCUGCCGCCACCCAGAUCCGAAACAAUAUCUCUAACGGAAUUUUAUGAAAUUUUAGCAAGGUUCGAUCGUCUUGAAUUUAAGAUUGACAAGCUGCUGGAAAUAAUGGAGAGUCGCCGUAUGAUUGUGCCUCCUCCACAGAACAGACGUGUAUCCAAACCAAUCCAACUAUUCAAACCCUUCCCAGACAAUGAGAGAUACUGAUAAAUCAUAUCAAUUACACUCAGUCUUAAUACAUAUGUAAAAUGUGAUCGUUUCAUUAUAUGUAUGAAACAUAAAAUAAAAUCAUUUAAAGUA